AAAAAUGUGUAUGUCAUAUAGAUAUGAUUUCAGUUUAUGUUCUAAAUUUAUACAAACCUUGAAUAAAUCAUGGUAGUAGGUGUCGGUACUAUUUUGGUGGGAUUGAUAGUAUUUCUGGUGACUUAUUUGUUGAUGCGAUGUCGGAGACCUUCUGAUCUGCCACCAGGACCCACACCACUUCCCGUUUUGGGUAACCUCAAAGUAAUUUGGGGCAAAAAUUUACUAGAUGUUGCAGCAACGUUACAAAAGAAGUAUGGCGAUAUAUUUAGCCUGUCUAUUGGGCCAUAUUGGAUGGUGUUUAUAAACCGAUACGAUGCACUAAGAGAUGUUUUUGUGAAACAUGGGAAUACAUUUUCAGAUAGACCGGAUGUCUGGUACCUGCGAGAAGUGAAGAAGAAGAAAGGUCUUGCUGCAGGUUAUCCAUGGAAAGAACAGAGAGCUUUCACACUAAACCUCCUAAGAGGAUUUGGAUUUGGUACGAGGACAAUGGAGUCCAUUAUUACAGAAGAAUGUGAAAAGUUUAGUGAACUGUUAGCAAAAACUGAGGGGAAAGAAUUUGCGAUCAGUGGAGUAGUAAAUAAAGCUGUCUCUAACGUUAUUUGUUCCAUUGUUUUAGGAAAACGGUUCAGCUACGAUGACAAAGAAUUUGACAAAUUCGUAAAAAUCAUAACCGAAACAGUAGUCAACGAAUAUACGCCGAAGGUAAACAUCUUGCCGGCACUACUUCAUAUACCGAAAGUGAAAAUGAGGUGUGAUAAUUGCAUUGAACAAAAUAAUUUGAUUAGAGCUUGGUUUCAAAAACAAAUAGAUGAACACAAAGAAACGCUAAAAGAGGAUCACUGGAGAGAUUUUAUUGAUGCUUACUUAGUUCAAAUAAAGAAGAUGAAGAGAGAAUCCGAUACACAAUUUACAGAGGAAAAUCUUAAAUACGUAAUACUAGAUCUGUUCAGCGGUGGAACUGAAACUACUUCGUCGACUAUUGGAUGGGCGGUCUUGUGUCUUGUGAACCACUCUGAAAUUCAAGAAAAGAUUCGAACUGAAAUGCAGAAAACCGUAUCCAGCGGACCUCCAUCUCUGUCUGAUAGACAUAAUCUUCCUUACUGUGAAGCAGUUAUCCAUGAAGUUAUGAGAAUGGAACCAAUUUUACCGAUGUCCAUAUCCCAUACUGCAUCAGAAGAUACCGUCGUCAACGGUUACCGGAUUCCUAAGGGUGCUAUUGUUGUUCCAAAUUUAUAUUCUGUAAUGCAUGAUGAGAAAGUAUUUCCUGAUUCCCACAGGUUUGAUCCUGGGAGAUUUCUAGACGGUAACGGAAAGUUCCAUGCGCCAGAAAAGUUUUUGCCGUUUUCAUUAGGUAAAAGAGUAUGUCCAGGUGAAGGCUUAGCACGGAAUGAGCUGUUCCUGUUCUUUACCUCUUUACUUUGGAAUUUUAAGAUCCUACCUCCAGAAGGCCAAUCACCUCCACCGAUCGUAGGUAAACUUGGUGUGACAUAUGGACCUCUUCCAUAUAAAGUUAGAUUUGUAAAAUACAGAGACUAACAUUUAGGAAUAGAAUAUUUAUACGAGAGUAACGAAGUACAAUACAUUACACAUAUCUUAUUGGCAAAAACUCAUUAACAACAAAUCUUUAAGGUGUAAUACCACCAUUGAUUUUCCCCAAUUAGUCUUUGUUAAAUUUGCACUUUUCAAAAAAAUUGUGUAGAAUUUAUCUUUGUUUCAAAUAAAGAAAUACUUGGCAUGCGUAAAGUUUUAUCCUGUCCAGUGCUAUAGAAAAAAUGUCACAUAACAUUUCAUUGCAUAUGAGAAAAUAACCAUCGCUGGAAGUUAACCAAUCACAUUUACCCCCUUAUUUAACCUGUGUACAAGCUUUAGUAACUAUGUAACCUCAAAUUUCCAAAAUAUGCUAUAGAAACCCCAAAUACAAAAAUAAUGGUGUGUUGAAAUACCCAAGAUAUAUGUUUAUGACCCAGAAAUGUUUUACUGCAAUAAAAUGUAAGAUUAAUUACCUACAACUGUCAAAUUCAAGGGAAUAUUUUUUUUCGACAUAUUUUUAUACAACCAGAUGUGACGUACCAUUAUUUGGUGGUAUUACACCUAUAUAACUAUUGCAUAUAUAGUUAUAUUAACAGACAUGCACUAAUAAAAAGUUACAUAUUAAUAUGUCAUAUCAUUAAACUAUUCCUUAUAUUUAUACACUCUGAUAUGAAAGAGGAAGAAAUAAUGCGGAGCUAUUGUUUACAAAUAGAGUUAUUAUUUCAACAGUGUUAAUGUCACGCUGUGUUUUAAAUAGAACGUUUAUUUUAUUUUUAUAUAUUUCUCGUUUUGAGGUAUGUCAAAAGUCAUUGUUUUCAAAUCAUAUUUUUUAUACUAUUAUUAACAAAACUAUGACGUACUAAAUCUUUAAUUACUUUAACAAAAUGUUUUAGUGAUCAUAUUACCAGAUAAAAUUUUACAUAAUAGAAAAGAAAUGAUAUGAUAUGGGGUAUCCACAUCAGUAUUUUCACAGUAAAAAAAAACACACACACAAAAUCAACGCAAAAAGCAAAGAAACAGCGCUUUUAUUGCUGUUCUUCACUUGUAAUUACAGUUAAGCACAUAAAAAAAACUCUCACCCUCACUUCAAGUUUAAACGACCUUUAGCACCGUUUGAGUGGAAUAUGUCUAUCUAUCAUAUUGUUUCAUGUGGCACAGUAUAUUGUUUGUUAAAACUAGUUAUUUUACAAAGAUAUACCUUGAUCAUUAAAAAAAUGACUGUUUAAA